GUUUAUAGGAUCUCAGGAGAUGCUCUGUUUUCUUUUGUUUUAAGAAUGAUUAUGUGUAUAUGCUCCUUCAAGACAAUUGUUGACUUACAUAGUAAGAAACUAAAGCACCCAUAUGUGUGCAUAUACCAUCUUUUCUUCCUUACCAUACUACCACAUAUAUUUUAUAAAUAUAGUUAAGUCUGUAGAAUCAUAUUGUAAUCUACAUGUCCUUCUGAGAAGAGUAAAAUCAGUAGCAAAAUGUCCCUUGAAACACUCUCCUAGCUUUUUCAGUUUUCAGAAUUGCUGCUGUACUAUGCUUAAUAUAGUUAAAUAACUAAACUUUAAAAGUUUUUAAAAAUCCUUUUGAUGAUGAAAAAGACAAGUGAGCAGUAUCUCUAGUUUGUUUGGAUAAAUAACAGAGGCCUAAAAAUUGAGAAAAACCUUUUAGUGGUUUUAUAGGAAUUUGAUUUUCUAAAUCCAGAAAUGACUUCAUAUUUGCCCCAUCACAUACAUUUUUUUUCACAACUUGGUUUGACGUUUCUGUGUUGUAAGUUGUGAGUGAAUAAAAUUAGUACUGAAAUUAGUCAUGACAUUUGUGAAAGAGCUGUAUGUGUGAUGACACAUUUAUUGCAUGUUUUGAAUUCAGCACCCCAAAUACAUUAAAAACAGCUACAAUAUUGAAACAAUGAAAAAUAGUAUCUUGCAUGUAAGUAUUUUUGCAGGCAUUUUUCCAGAUAUGGAUUCUCAUGAAGCAUGCAAGUAGGAGAACAUACUUUGGCUUUAUCCAGACUUAACUGUCUUAAGAUCAACAUCUAUUUACUAAGACAGAAGUCCACAGCCUUCUCAAACCACUGUGUGGCUAUUAGCUUAUGGCUGUAGAGUUGCAACCAUAGUACGUACACACCACUAAGUCCAAAUAGCAAAUCUAGGCAUGUUAUAGUAUAGAGAGCUUAAAUACCCUAAAGGCCUAGGUCUUGUCUGGUCUUGGAAGUUAAGCAGGGUCAGCCCUGGUUAGUAUUUGGAUGAGAGACUUCCAAGAAAGACUACUCACCAUAGGCUGUAUUUUAGAGGAAGAAAUCAAUAAAACCCCUCUGAGUAUUCCUUGCUAGAAAAAAACACUAUGAAAUUCAUAGGAUUACAAUAAGUUGACAAUAGACCUGAAAAGACACACAUCCUGUAUUACAGGGAGAGAUGGGGUGAAAUUUGGGGACCUAGGCACUAAGUGGUAUACUGGCAUAAGGACAUCAUUAAUAAGAGAAAAUAAAAGGGAAUCCCACUUCUCUGCUUUUUGCUGUUAUUUUUAAUUACGACAAACUCAAGCAAGACUUUACACUCCUAAUCAUGGUAGUAAUACUGAGGUAAAAGAAGGUAAAAGAUCAGGCACAAAAGAUCCAAAACCAGGAAAGGAAGGGAUACAGGGGCAUAAAAUAUGUUCUCUCUGCACAUAGGUGCACGCACACGGUGAGUAGUGUGCUCUGGCUGCAUUGCAAACUUACAACGUGAGUUUUAUGGGGAGUGGCUAAAUCUCCUUUAUGGAGGGAUUUCAGGUCAGAUCAGAAGGGAUCAAGAGCUCCCUCCUUAUACACAUACGCACAUGCACACACCCUGUCUGAAAGUCUAAGAUUGCCUCAUUCUUACAUCACACUCAUAAUGCAAUUUGGGAAUGCUAGACAGAAAAUGCAAAUAUAAAUGCGAAAUAAAACAUAACCACCAGUUUCUGCUGGCCACGCAAUGUUUAUAGCACUUAGUCAAAUGAUCUAUUUGAAUAUUUCCAAAAACUUGUAAGCCACUCUGAGUCCCCCUCAGGGUGAGAUUGAAUAGGACAGAAAUAAAGUAAAUAAAUAAAAAAAAUCUGGGGAGAGUUGUGUUAGGGGAAAAGCGCCGGACCCGGGGAAGUCCUUCUUCCUUUAAUUGUAAGAUUUCUUUAUGGUAUAGUUCUAGAAAUAGAGGUGGUAGAGGAUCUCUUCCAUUUCUAAGAGGCAACUGUACAGAUUGCCACUUCUCUUUAUGAUAAUUUCUAGGCCGUUGCCACCAAACACAGCUAAGAAUUCCUUGUGGUAGAGACUAACAAUUUUAAUGGCCCUGGUUCCUGAGCCAAGUCACUUCACAUUGGUUUUCAGUAGCUGCCCUGCAGAAGUUGUUUGAAGCAAUACAUUUAUGUCAGUUGUAACUACUGCUAUGCACAGUUCAGCACUGUGAUGCAUUGUUGCUCAUCAUUGCAGACUAACACUGAAAUUUCCGUAUAAAAAGUAAAAAUAAGGCUGUCACAUCCCAUUUAAAAGGAUUUAUGCAUCAACCAAUGUGUUGCAUUUUCCCUGUUGACUAUAACAACAACAGCCAACUCCAAAGCCGCUGGAUGGUUUGUUGACUAUUUCGAGACCAGCAAGCUGAUAAUAGGUUCCGUAAUAUCUGCAGCCUAUUAUCUUGUGUAACAUCUAGUAACUAACCUUGUGUUUCUGAAAGUACCCAAUAAUUUAAAUCCAAACUGUAUCCAAGAGAUAUGGAAGCAUCUCUAUUGAAGAAGGUCCUUUUGUAGGUUUUUUUUUUUUUUUUGCACUCUACAGCACUCUUUUUUUUCUUUGCGUAGCUGAAAGUUUUUGUGGCAAUGUCAGGUUUGGGGAAAUUGUGAAGGGGUGGGAUUGUAGAAACAAAUAUUUGAUAUUAAGUUGCAGUGUUAUGUCUACAAUAAACGGGGUGUUGAAAGCUCAAGCUGGACAAGAAUGGAAAUCCAGUCAAUUCUGUUGUAGCUUUGUGUGCUGGACUGUGUCUAUUUCAACUGCUCUCCCUCCCUCUCUCUGUCAUGUAAGAAUUCUUUUAUGUCAUUUCAGUUUCUGCUACUAACAUUUCCUGUUGAGAAAGUAAUUCCCAGGAACACAUCUAGUUUGUUAAGGUGUACCUGUAUGUCCUUUGAAUAUUGUCACCAUAUUAGAUUCAAAUGCAAGUUAAGAAUAUUUGGAGCAUGAGCAAAAAGCAGGGAUUGGAUUCAAACCAGGAUGUGAUGAAAUAGCUAUUUUAAUUUUCCUUGAUUUGAGGUCCUUUAUAGUUUAGAAAGGAGCCCCCGGUGGCACAGUGUGUCAAACCGCUGAGCUGCUGAACUUGCUGACCAAAAGGUCAGCAGUUCAAAUCUGGGGAGCGUUGUGAGCUCCCACUGUCAGCCCCAGCUUCUGCCAACCUAGCAGUUCAAAAACAUACAAAUGUGAGUAGAUCAAUAGGUACCGCUCUGGUGAGAAGGUAACGGCUCUCCAUGCAGUCAUGCUGGCCACAUGACCUUGGAGGUGUCUAUGGACAACGCCGGCUCUUCAGCUUAGAAAUGGAGAUGAGCAUCAACCCCCAGGGUCAGACACAAUUAGAUUUAAUGUCAGGGGAAAACCUUUACCUUUACUUAUAGUUCAGAAAGACUUAUUUUUCUGCCUUAGUAUUUGGAGGUGUUUUUGUCCCCUUUUCCUGAAAUACAGCAUGAAUUUCGACAGAGGAACUAACAUGAUUUCAGUGCAAUUUUUGCUAGAGUCCAUAUGAGACACUUACUCAGAGAAACUGAUUCAUUGACCAGUACCUGCCCUCUCCCUUUGGUAUCUUAAAAUAUAUGUAGCAAGAAUAGGCUGUCUUUCUGCAGCGGCACAGAUGUUUAAGUGUGACAAUUAUUUUGGAAGGGUGUUUAGUUAAGCAUCUGUCUCUAACUUUGUAGUGAAAGGUAAUUGUUUCUCAAUGAGAUUGGUCAUCUAGCCUGUAUCAGUUUCAGCUCUUUUCUGCAGAACCUGACUCAUUCACUUGAGUCACUGAAAAAUUUAAUUGACUUGAAUUGCUCAGGUUGGUCUGGAGUAAGCUGUACCUUUUGUGUGCCACCCUUUUGUGGUGCUCUAUCAGAUAAGCGAGCCGCGUUUUGUGAAUGUAGAGGAAAUGCAACGGAAAUAACAUUAGCGUAGGAUGGGUCCUUAGGACCACAUGACAACAAUCCUGAAUGCAUGCUGUCCUUUGGGCUAGAAAUUAUUCAUAGCUUGCAGGAAAGGGUUGAGCAAAGAAGUGUAGUUAAAUAUUUCUUCAUGUGUGCCCAAAAGAUUGUAUUUAACAUAUUAAUUAAGUAAUACUUUUAUCCACCUACGCACCACCUUCCUUUUGUGCCGCUGGCAUGAGAUACAAGGAUCUUGAGUCUUUGUUCUGCAACGGAGAAGGAGUGCCUCAUGUUUGAACCGUACUUGCUCUAGGUAGUGCGGGAGCACACAAGGCUUCCACUUGAGUAACCAUGGAGAUAAGCGUGGGUGGGAUGGGUACGCAUCAUUCUCCCCUCUAGAACGGACUUGCAGAUUCAAGGAUAGGGUGCAAAAAGCAACUUGCUACAGAAAUUUUCUAUUGUUUUCCUGCACAAAAACCUUACUUGCUUGCACACAGCUUCUGCAGUAGCAAAAGUGCGGAGACGGGAGCACUUCACACUUUAUUGAGAAAAAGCUUGUGAACAAGGAGUCUGGCAAACAAAGGCAGAACUGUCAUUUCUGCGAAAGCGUUGCCAAGGAAGUGGAAUAGACUCCGUCAGAGAGUUGAUGCAGGAAGAGGAAAUUUGAUGGUGUUGAUUCACAUUGGAAAAGUUCUCCAUAGAUCUGAGCUAAGCUCCCUGACUGGGCAACUGUUGUUCAGUACCUCUGUGUUUAGGUAAUUUGUCGGAAACUGCUCUUGACAAGAGUCUCACAUCCAUACAUUUGUCGAAUUUUAAUCUUUUCCCUCUAUUUUCCUCUAUGGUCUUAUGAACUGAUAAUUUGGUUUUUCCUUUUAAUAUCUGAAAUACAGGAAAAAUAAAGAAUAUGCUUUGAUAUAUCUGAGCUAAGCCAGCACUCAUAACUGUUGGCAAGAGACUCUCUAAGUAAAUGGAAAACUCUACCUUUCUGGAAGACAAACCAUUAUGCAGCUUUCACUUAUGAGAAUAUUGUUGUAAGUAAAAUCACAAAAUAGGGUGACAAUGUUGCAUGUAUCUAUGAAUGUGUCACAUACUUGCUAAGUGACUCUGAAAAUCUUAAAAUCCCCAAAUAUUUGCAGGUAGACUUCAAUAUGCUCUGUGAUUUUAUUCAUGUAGCAAGUUGUGAUCAUUCAUUUCCUGAACUAAAAUCUUAAUGCAUGGAAAUCUUAAUGCAUGUGAGUGCCUGAAAACAAUACUGCUUCCUCAACCCCAGUCUUAGACCCCAUCUACCCUGCCAUAUAGUGCAGUUUGAAACUGCAUUAUAUGGUCGAUGUAGACUCACGUUUAACUGCUGGCUGACAGGUCAGUGGUUCGGGUCUGGGGAGAGCCGUUGGGCCCCCCUUUCGUCAGCACCAGCUCCCCAUGUGGGGAAAUGAGAGAAGCUUCCUACAAGGAUGGUAAAACAUCAAAAUCUGGGUGUUCUCUGGGCAACGUCCUUGCAGACGGCCAAUUCUCUCACACCAGAAGUGACUUGCAAUUUCUCAAGCUGCUCCUGACACAAAAAAAGCUGCAUUAUAUGGCAGUAUAGAUGGGUAAUGUGUGAUACUUCCAGAUGUACAUCGGAGAUGGAAAUUUUCUUGCUGGGAACAUGAGUACAUUUUUCUCUUGCACCAUCUCUAAGAAAUGAGAUUGUUGCCACCUAAUUCUUAGACUAGAGAUUGAACAAAGAGAAGAAUGCAACACCAUAGCUGUAGUCAGCUAUGACGAUGGUACUUCCUGGCACUCUCUGAAUGUGUUGAGCAUACAACCCCUGUAAUCUCUUGGCCAUAUUUGUUAGAGAGUGUUAUCAUAGAGAAAGAUGGAUUAAUUCAGCACCUCUCCAUUGUGCCAGCCAGCAUAGUAUUGGUUUGAGUAUUGGACUAUGACUCAGGAAACCAGGGUUGAAUUUCCUACUCAGCCCUGGAAACCUUGGGUUAAUCACACUCUCGCAGCCACAGAAAACCCUGUGUUCGCUUUAUGGUUGCCAUAAAGUCAAAAUGACUUGAAAGCACACAACAACAACUAAACCUCUUUCUUGAGAGAAAGGAUAGAGCUGCACUUGCAAAGAAACAGGAUCAACUAAUUCAGUGGUUCUCAACCUGGGGUCCCCAGAUGAGUAGGGUGAGUCUUGAGUAAUGAGAGCCCCAAAGCUUCAAAGGUUGGUACUAGAUCCUUAGUCACUGAUGAAGAUGACAGUGCCUCGACAUGUACAUUAAAGUCGCCCAGAACAAUAAGUCUGGGGAACUUCAGGACCCAGUCCGCCACAAGAUCUAAUAAAUUAAGCAGACUCUUUCCCAGAGACCCAGGUGUGCGGUCACCAUUUCUGACCCAGAUUCAUGUGGUGUUAGUGCAGAUGUUAGAAUGCAUCUAGGUUGUACACGCAAGGAUAAAUUAUGACUCAGCUUUACCUCCUGGCUUCAUCCUUCCUAGGAAAUAAUAGUGCAGAUCAUUGUUUAAGGUCCAUUUUACUUUUUGCUAGUUCUAGCAAGGCUGAAUCCUAAAAGCAUGGCUACUUACAGUUUUCAUUUAAUCAUACAGUCAUAGAGUUGGAAGAACCUCACAAGGUCUAUCCAAUCAAACCCUAUUCUGCCAUGCAGAAAUAGACUAACAAGUUGCCCACAACUGAUAGCCAUCCAGUCUCUUAAAAAACUCCAGAGGAAGAGAGACUAUCAAAUUCCCAGGCAUCAUAUUCCACUGCUGAACAACUCAUAGUGUUAAGAAGCUUUUCCUAAUAUUUAUGUGGUAUCUCUUUUACUGUACAUGCAGUCCUCAAGUUAUGAGGUUUGUUAUUAAGUUAAUUUUGUUUGUAAGUUGGAACUGGUACAUUUUUAAGCCAUAGAUGGAUAGCAUAGGGAAUGGUAACACCAUUGUGGUGUUUGUUUUGUUGUCUGCACCCUUGUUCAGAAGAUUUCACCUCACUUUCUGUCCCUGUGAUAAUUGGAUUUUGAAAAAUUUGCCUUGCUGUGGAAACAAGGCUUAGUAUUAAAGCUUCGGUAGAGAUACCUUUUCCCCACGAUAACUCUUCCAGGAGUGAAUUUCCCUUCCGAAGGGUGGAUUUCUCUGACUUCCUGUUGUCUCACCCCCCUGUUUUUAACUAUGAGUCAUUUGUAAAUUGGAUGUUUGUAACUCAGGGACUGCCUGUACUUUGAAUCCAUUCCACACCUAUUGUUUUAUGAGCCACUAACAUUUUAGUUUAAACAUUUCUGCAGGUUAAUAUAUCAUUGUUGUUAAGUACCUAUAAAGAAGCAUGUAUAGUCAUAGGAACACGGAACAUGUUCAUUGGAACAGAAGUAAGGAAGUAUUGGACCCUCAAAUGUUUUGGUCUGAAAUUCCUAACAGUCCUAUUUAGCAUGACCAACAAUGAGGGAUUUGGGAAGUACUAGUAAAAAAAUUUUGGCAGGCCAAAGACAUUCCUGUUUCAUAACAUUUGAAGCAUUUGCCACUGGUGUACACUGGGACCUCUAACUUAGUUCUUCUUUAAGCUACAUUGUGUAAUAAAUUUAAAAAACACUUUUGGGGGGGAUACGGGUUUUGUUUCUACUUGAGUGUCUCUAUUCAUUCUUUUUAUCAGGGUGCUGACAGAUGUGUAGAUGUCUGCUGUUUCUGUGGUUGCUUCAUAAUUGGAAACAUUGGCUCCAUCCUGAUGGAUGUCAGCAUGGUCAGUGAUGUAAUAGCCUCUGUUUCUGCUAAAAUUCUUCAUGGCUGGAGCUGUCUGGAAAAUGGAAAGGCCAUUAUUUGUGUUAUCUCUAAAUUUAUAGUGAGCUAAGCCUGGUCUCUUCUAAGCAAGUGAGGUCAUUUGGCAAGGUGACUGGACUAAGUGGAUGUUGUCUUAGUUGAAUUGGCAAUGUUGGCGGCCAGGAACUCUUUGAGACUUGUCAUGUCUUCCUUCUGGAUUAUGUCUCCCUUGUCCCUGAGGGCAGCCUCCCAUCAAGUGCUCAGCAGAAGCAAAACAGACUCUGCUGCUGCCACAGGAAAAGCAAUAUAUUUCCUAAAGUUAAGAAGCAAAAGUCACUUGCUGUUGUGAGACUUCAAGGAGGUUCUUCUUGCUGCUGUCACCAACUUGAUGUUCCACAGCUGAUUUAGAGGAGCUGAGAUAGCAUCAGAUUGUGUUAAACUUGAAGAAGUCCCAUUUGUUUUGCUACUUACAGCAGUCCCCUUCCAGGAUUUUAUAUUUACCAGCUUGCUUGCACUGAAAUGGAGCCCCCCAUGCACACACAUACACAUCAGUCAUAAUAAAAUGUACCCGGGGAAACCAGGUCUGCUCUGUGGUUUGUAUGCUGCUUACCCUUUCUUGAAAUUGCCAUUCUAUGCAGAGUUGUAGCGAGCAUGCUCAAAUUCCUCAGCAUCUCUGUCCUCUGCUGAAUGCUGAUCACCUCAGUGGCUGCCACGGGCUCUCAUUACUGGCGAAUAGCAUGCUGUGCUGAUGCAGGCACCAUAAUAGGAAGCACCUAAGCCUGUCAUAAACAAACAGGUCUGAGGAAAAAAAGUGCAGGUCUGACGUAUGGCGUGUCCAUAGCAACAAGGAGAGAUGAGGUUGCCAUUUUGGAGAAUAUGCAGGCUAGUAUACCUCUCUACAAGGAGCCAGAAAGUACCUGACAGGGAUUCAAACGCGGCUUCUAUCUGUACACUAGAGAUUUCAUUAGAGAAUCUUGUCUGUAGAAGAAUGCUUGCAAAAAACCAGUAUUUUUAAUAUAAACUUUUAGGGCAUUUUAACUGGUUUAUUUGAAACAAUUUUCCCCUUAUAAGUGCACCUCAAAGUUUUGUUGGAGAAUGAUAGUGCACUUACUUCUAAAAAAUGCUUGUCUGACUUUUAAGAGUCCGUUUCUUUGGAUGCUUAGUCAUUAAAACGGAGAGGAUACAAAUCUUGAGUAAGAUGACUGUGAGUUCCUUGCAUUAUGAAGUAUGGCCAAAGUUUUUUGCACCUGAAUUUUGGAUCCAGUUCAAAAGAAUGCUCAAUCGAGAGCUAACCCACUUAUCUGAAAUGAGCCGAUCGGGCAAUCAGGUGUCUGAAUAUAUAUCCAACACAUUUUUAGACAAACAACAUGAAGUGGAAAUUCCAUCCCCAACACAGAAGGAGAAAGAAAAGAAGAAACGGCCCAUGUCUCAGAUCAGUGGGGUAAAGAAAUUGAUGCACAGCUCCAGUUUAACCAAUUCCAGCAUCCCCAAAUUUGGAGUCAAAACUGACCAAGAAGAUAUUCUAGCCAAGGAACUAGAAGAUGUCAAUAAAUGGGGCCUCCAGGUGUUUAAAAUUGCUGAAUUUUCUGGUAAUCGACCUUUGACAGUCAUCAUGUACACCAUUUUCCAGGAACGGGAGUUAUUAAAAACAUUUAAAAUUCAACCAGACAUGUUAAUAACUUAUUUGAUGACACUGGAAGACCAUUAUCAUGCAGAUGUGGCAUAUCAUAAUAACAUACACGCUGCAGAUGUUGUACAGUCUACACAUGUGCUGCUGUCAACCCCAGCUUUGGAGGCGGUUUUCACAGACCUGGAGAUUCUGGCCGCUAUUUUUGCCAGUGCAAUACAUGAUGUGGACCACCCUGGGGUUUCAAACCAAUUCCUUAUCAACACAAACUCUGAACUUGCCUUGAUGUACAAUGAUUCAUCAGUCCUGGAAAACCAUCACUUAGCUGUGGGCUUCAAGUUAUUGCAGGAGGAGAACUGUGACAUUUUCCAGAAUUUGACAAAAAAGCAGAGGCAAUCAUUGAGAAAGAUGGUCAUCGACAUUGUGCUAGCAACAGAUAUGUCUAAGCAUAUGAAUCUAUUAGCUGAUUUGAAAACAAUGGUUGAAACCAAGAAAGUGACAAGCUCUGGAGUUCUACUUCUUGAUAAUUAUUCAGACAGGAUUCAGGUUCUACAAAAUAUGGUACACUGUGCAGAUCUAAGCAAUCCAACGAAGCCACUCCAGCUGUAUCGCCAGUGGACAGAUAGAAUAAUGGAAGAGUUCUUCCGACAGGGAGAUCGAGAAAGAGAGAGGGGCAUGGAGAUAAGUCCCAUGUGUGAUAAGCACAAUGCAUCAGUAGAAAAAUCACAGGUGGGCUUUAUAGACUACAUUGUUCACCCUCUCUGGGAGACAUGGGCAGACCUUGUACACCCAGAUGCCCAGGACAUCUUGGACACAUUGGAGGACAAUCGUGAAUGGUAUCAGAGCACAAUCCCUCAGAGUCCUUCUCCUGCCCCGGAUGACCAAGAGGAGGGCAGGCAGGGUCAAACCGACAAAUUCCAGUUUGAACUAACACUGGAGGAAGAUGGCGAAUCAGAUACAGAAAAGGAUAGUGGAAGUCAAGUGGAAGAAGAUACCAGCUGUAGUGACUCCAAGACUCUUUGCACCCAAGACUCAGAAUCCACUGAAAUUCCACUUGAUGAACAAGUGGGAGGGGAAGUGGAGGAGGAGGAAGAGGAGGAGCAGAGCCAAACAGAACAUUGUGUGCAAGAAGAACAUUCUCCUGAUACGUAACAGUAUGAUGGCUCUGUCACUCCCUUUGAUCCUUUCUCUAACUUUCUCUCUUUUUAAAAAUUGAAAAAUGGUUUCCCAAGUGCAUGUCACACGGCACAACCAUGGUCACGCCUCACUGUCAUCUGCCAGAGAUGUUUGUUGAUCAAAAACUGACUUGAUUAUUCAGUUUGGCACUCAGGAAUAUUGUAGCCAGAAUUGUUCAUCUCCAUGGCAUCAGAGAGCAAAGGAAAACACCUGCAAAGAACAGUGUAAUAAGAGUUCAACUUGGCAGAUACGAUCAGAGUGUGUGUCUACUCCAAGAUGUUUUUCAAAAGGAGUAAAAGCUGGUCCAAAGCUAGUGUGUGUGCGUGUGUAUGUAUAUGCGUGUGUGUGCGUGUGUGUUUUGUAUUGGAUUUUAAUUUUCAUGAGAGAGGCAAUUUGUAGCAUACAUCAUCAGAAUCUACAGAAAGUGGCCAGCAAGUGAAUCAAGAUUUCUAGUGGGGGAAAAUGCAACAUGAAUCUGUUACCAGUAGGAAGAUAAAGCUGUGGAAAUCGCAUAAUUUUCUAAAUUUCAAGUCUUCCUGACACACGACUGAAAAAAGUGUAGCUCAGUGGGUUGCACUGACAUCUGCAUUUUGUAUAAUAUGUAAAAUUGAAAUCUUUUUGUAGAGUUUACUUUUAUUAUUAAAUGUAUUGAGGUAUUAUAUUUAAAAGAAUGCAGCACCCUCAGAAAUUCAUCUGCCACUGGUUCCUUCUUCUCCCCCUCCCCAUCCAAAGAGUAACUUGCAAGUUCUUAGUACAAAUAUAUGCUACACUGGAUAAAUUGAAUUUUAUAUUUGUUUGCACUUAGAUUUUAUAGCAAUUCAUUCAAAAAUUAUUGUUUUUGUAGACCAAUUCAAACCAAAUUGUUGUUUUCAAGUCUAUCCCUCCCGAUCCUUGUGUGUUUCAGAAACAAUUUUAUUGGCAUUCAUUUUUGGCUCCCCUCCCCACUCUCAAAUGUUCUAAGAUCAGCAAUAUAUCAUUGUCCUUCUAGAUGACUUAGACCUUCAGACCUAGCCUUUAUUGAUUUAGGCUUUACUGUGCUCAAACUUAAAUUCCCUCUUUUCUAAAAUAUAGUGGACCACUAGAGUAGCAGCUGUUUCAAACAUGACUGAAAUCCACUUGUGGAUUGUUGGAGCCCUAAAAAGUGAGCAGCACGUUCUCUGCAGUAGAUUGAAUGAGUUCUAGAUGGUGGAAGAGAGAUGACAAAAUGACAGGCACUAUCAAAAGUUGGUUGGAACUCUUUCUAGAGCUGGAAUUUGCAAGCCACUAUGACUGACUUUCUCACUAUAAGUGCAGAUCUUUUUAUUUGCAGUCAUUUCCAUAAGGCUGUUUUGGGUUGUGUAUAUGAUCUGCCCCAAAGACUGACAGUGUCAAAAAACAAAAAGUUAACAUGAGACCAUACAGACUGUUGUGAUAACAGAGCACUACAAGCUACACUUGAACAGGAAUUAAGACGAGUAUCUUCAAAUGAUGUGCAAUGGAAUUUUUGUUGUGUUUUGUUAAAAAUAGUCUGAGCCGUUUUCCCCAAUAUCCCAGUUUCAUUUUGUCAUCCUCACAACACUCUUACUCUUUUUUACACACAGUUAAAUGCCACUCCCUUCAGUGGAGCUGACUCUCUAGCAGGUGUCCUUUUUUGUAAGAUUUGAGCAGGAGACCAAUUUAGAUAAUUUAGAUUUAUCAGAAUUGCUUUUGAUCUUCAUUACAGCAAGAUUUUUUAAAAGAAAAAAUUAUAAACAUCUGACAGCAUCAUGUGGAAAACAGACUUUUGUCCAUUUACUGAUUGGAUUCUUAAAGUGUUAUCCCACCCCAAAUUAUAUGCUGCCCUGUUAUGAAGUUGUAUCUCCAAUUGAACAAUGAAGGGUGCAAAAUAGAUUGCCCUGUAAAACUGAUGUAGAAUUACAGAGUUGGAAGAGAAAUGUUGAAGACAAAGCAUUUGUACAGUCACGCAUAGGCUGCCAUCUGCUACAGAACUGUAUGCCAUAAAAGUUAACGAUUUUAAUGAGUUAAGAAUGAUUUGGUCUGGAUUGGCUUAAUGGCCUUAGCAUGCAGCUAAUAAAAUGCAUGGGAAAUCUGUCCACAAUGGUAGUGAUCAGAUGCACAAUUAACCUCAUCUGAUCUAUGUCAUGGUUGCAUUUUUAUUGAUACAUGAUUGUACAUCAUGCAUCUCUUGACUUAUCAAUUUGGGGUAUUUUCCAAAGCUUGAAAAAGUUAUUUUGGAGCAGUACAAUUCCCAAAAUCCCUCCAGGACCAUGCUAGCUACAGAUUCUAAGUUAUUCCAAAAAUAAUUUUACAUACUUUGAUAUUUUCUUGUUGUCUAUGUGCAUACAACAGUGUUUCUACAUAUGUAAGGCCCUUGCUGCACAGAUUCUGAGUCUUAGUCACAUGGCUGAGCAAUGAGGCCACAAUGAAGGCAUAAAUUGGUUAGGGUCCAAACCAAUUCAGGUUUUAAGUACAUCAGUCAAGGUAAUUAAGCUGACCUUUUGAUUUCAAAGGCGCUGCAGCCUGACCUUUUUAAUCUGGAUCCAACUCUUUGGCCUGAAUCGUAUUGGAAGCCUCAGGUAGAUUAGAAGAGUGAACUGACUAGAGUAUUUUUAUACAUAAAACACAUUUUAACAUGUCCAAUUUUCUUUUUAGUUUCUACUGGCUUUUGUUGAAAAACAAAACAAAAAUACUGAGGAAUUGAAUGAAACUGUUUCACCAUGUUCCUAUCCUCCCCCUCACUGCUUCAGCAUUUGUUCAGUCCCCAAGAGUGCCUGGAAUCUUAAACGACAAAAAGCAAUAUCAAUUCCAAAAAUCAAUAUGGACCUAGAAGGGUAUUUUAUGGGUGCCAAAAGUUAAUUGUAUGACGUGGGGUGCUCCUAGCUGCAGCCAGCAAGAGGUAUUUGUAGGGAAGGAUCUGCAUCUAUAAGGGACCCUGCAUGUUGUUGCAGUCAGGUGAAUAAUUUUUCAUUUUUAAUGGGAUUUCCCUGAUGUUUCAUUUUAAGGAGGUCUUUUUUAUCGCUGGAUCUGGUUGAGAUGCACACUUUUGAAGAAGUAGAUGUGAAGAAAAUACAACCUUAUUGUGUAAGAUGCACCCAUACAUAUGGACAAUCACAUGGUAGAAAAUAUCAUUUUUAGAGCCAGGGAUCGAAUGCACUGUACAAUCUUCUUUCUUUUUUCCUUAUUGCCAAAGUGUGCUUUAGCACUGCACACUGCUUUUUUAAAAAAGAUAUUACUGUUGUAAAGUGAUUUCACAUAUUUUGUGUGUGUUUUGCCAUAAGAAAAAUGCAGUGAAUUGGUUACAGUAUAGAGAAGAGGAGAAGGGAGUAAGUGAGAGAAAGAGAAGAACCUGAAUUUGCAUCCACACUUUAGCUUGCAAGUUACUGUUCGCAGUAAUUCUGUGUCUGUUUUCUUUUAAUUUCUGGUUUUAUGUCAGUCCCCCAUCCUCCCAAAUUGCUAUCAGACAUUAUAGGGAGAACAAAUCACAUUCAAAAUGUUUUUUAAAAAGCAACUUGAGAAUGGAACGAAUUUUAAAGGACACUUUGACAAUUCUUUUAAAAUGCAUUUAUUUAUUUUUUUAUUCGUGCCAUGCAUAUUUUUCUCACCAAAUGACCUUACUUGUAAUAAGUCUUGUUUGUCUCUGUUUACAACCAUGUAUUUAUUGUAAUGUAUAUACUGUAAUGUUACUUGUAAAUUAUAAGUUCUUAUUAUAACAUCAUCCUAGCUAGGGUGGUGUUGCUAUAUUUGGAAACUCUUGGUGAGAGAAUUAAUAUUGUGUAUACAUAUUCCCCUUGUACAUUUUCCUCCUUCUCCUGUAAUAUAUCCUAUAUCACCUUAGAGCUUGUUUAUGGAAGAGUUGAGAAAAAUUAUAAAAUACAUAGAUAUAUUAAAUUAAAAGCUGCAGGUCUUUGGUCCCAGGGCUGUGCCUUAACUUUAAACAAUAUUUUCUUCUGUUUUGCUGCAUUUGAAAGAAAGGUCGUUGUGGAACAUGGGCUGGGCAUAUCUCCACCACCUUUUUUGUGUUUUUGAGGGACUUCAGGUCUUUAGUCCAAAUUAGAAGCUCCCUAUUCAUUGGGCUUUUAUUCAUGAUCCUACUAAAAGCCCUAAUGCUAACAUUUGUGUAUACACACUGCCCUACUGGUGAAGUAUGUUUGCUUUUCUUCAUCACCUCUUUAGGGAUCACUUUAUUUUUUCCUUUCUCAAAAUCAAACCCAAAUAAAAAUACAAUUACUUUUUAAUCAAGAAUGAUGGUCACGAUUCAAUUUCUUACCAACCUCAAUGAAUCAGGCAAGUUUUUUCUUGUUUAUUUCAAGGACCAGGUUGCGGGGCAGGGGGGACUGAUUGUGUCCAUUGUUGCUAAUACAGCAGCUCUCUCGAUCAGACCAGAGUUUAUAUUGUGUAAUAAAACCCAACCCGUUUUCCUGCCAACACUAAUAUUAAGCAUUUCAAGAAACCAAAGCAUGCUUCUGUAUAACUGAGUCUGUAGAUAUAUGUAUCAUAGGUGUAGAGAGUGAUUGUAGCCCUUCAGAUUUUGUAAGCACUACCAGUCUUUCUUAGUUUUCUCCCCCUUUUUUGGCAGAAAUUCGCAGUGUUCUGGACACAUGUCUUGCUGCUGUUCUUGACUAAGUCUUGAUACCUCAUUGCCAUUCCACUUAUGCCCAGCCCUUGUAGCAUGUGACUGUUCAGUGAAAGGAGAGAUUCUUUUUCAAGGAAAAAACAGAGCCUCCUUCUUGACACAAACUGUAGAUUUUAGCAGCCCUGGCCCAAAGGAAUAUGAUUGCUUUUGUUUUAAACAGUAUAAAAGGGACACUAUAACAACUGAAUUGCUGAACAAUAUUUUUGUUGUUUUCAGUUUGGUUUUGUUUCCUUUGGGUAUGUCUUUAGAGUGGCUACUUGUGUGAACAUUGCAAAUAAUUCAAUGGUUUCUUAGCCUCUCUUACAGCCUAUGGGAUAGUACUGUAUGUCAAAUACCUUCAUAUGAAAUUUUUAUAUGCAAUGGAAAUAAAAGCAUGGGUUGACUCUGCCUAGAUACUGUACUUGACCAUCUUUUUUGCAAAUAAAUUUAUCAUACACUACUAA